AUGACUGCCUACAACCAAGUCAACGGCCACCACGCCGAUUCUCACCCGUUUCUCCUGAAGCGCGUUCUUCGCGGCGACUGGAAGUGGGACGGCCUCGUCAUGAGCGACUGGGGCGGUGUCAACUCGACUGCUGACUCCCUGAACGCUGGCCUCGAUCUCGAGAUGCCCGGACCCACCCGCUGGCGCAAGGUGGAGGACGUUCUGGCCGCUGUCAAGGCAGGCAAGCUGACGGAGGAGACGAUCAACGACCGUGCCCUUCACGUUCUGCGCUUCCUUGAACGCCAGAAGGUCUUCGAGGACCCAACCAUCCCCGACGAGAAGGCCGUCAACAAGCCCGAGCACCAGGCCCUCAUUCGCGAGGCUGGCGGCAAGGGCAUCGUCCUCCUGAAGAAUGAGGGCAGCGUUCUGCCUCUGACGAAGGAGAAGGUCAAGGGAAAGAAGAUUGCUCUCCUGGGCUAUGCUAAGGAGGGUCUCGCCCACGGCGGCGGCAGUGCUUCGGUCAACGCUCAUUACAAGAUCACCCCCUACGACGCGCUGAAGGAGGCUUUCGGAGACGACGUCGAGAUCACAUACAGCAAGGGCGCCCACACCUUCCGCCAGCUGCCUCUGCUGGCGGAGAAUGUCGUCAGCACCGACGGCACGACGCCUGGUUUCACCUACAGCAUUUACGAGCCCGGCAAGUCGGAGCCCAUCAAGGCUACCCAAGGCCACAAGACGUCUGAGGUUGGUAUCCUCGAUGCCUUUGACCUCGAGAACAAGGAGAUCGAGCUCGUCGGUACUUUCACUCCCCCCGAGACGGCCACCUACUACUAUACCCUCACCGGCCUUGGCCCCUCCUACGUCUCCAUCGACGAUAAGGUUGUCUUUGAGCAGAAGGACAACUGCUCCGACUCGAUGGGCUUCCUCUUUGGCGGCGUGCCUGUGCCGACCAUGAAGUUCCCCUUCGAGGCUGGCAAGACGUACAAGCUUCAGGUCCGCAGCUCGCCCCCUGCGCCUGUGCCCGGCACUGAUCUCGGCAUUCUCGAGGGCCGCGCCGGUGUCCGUUUCGGCGCCAUGUCCGCGACCGAGCACGACCGGGACAUUCUCAGUGAGGCCGUCGACGCCGCCAAGGCCGCCGACUACGCCAUCGUCUUCACCGGCCACGAUCCUACCUGGGAGACUGAGGGUCAGGACCAGGCCGGCUUCCACCUCCCCAAGGACGGCAGCCAGGACCGCCUCGUUUCUGGCGUCGCCAAGGCCAACCCCAAUACCAUUGUCGUCAACUCGACUGGUGUCGCCGUCGCGCUGCCGUGGCUGUCCGAGAUCAAGGGCCUCCUCCAGGCCUGGUUCCCCGGCCAGGAGGCCGGCAACGCCAUCGCCGACGUCCUCACCGGCGCUCGCACCCCCGAGGGCCACCUCACGUGCACGUUCCCCAAGCGCCUCGAGGACUGUCCCGCCUACGGAAACUUCCCGGGCAAGUACGUCGACGGCAAGCUCAAGGUCAAGUACGAGGAGGGCGUCUUUGUCGGCUACCGCCACUUUGACCGCCUGCCCGCCGACAAGGUCCAUUUCCCCUUCGGCUUCGGCCUGUCGUACACCACGUUUGCCCUCGCCGACCUCGCCGUCAGGGAGACGUCUGCCGACGCGUACAGCGUCAGCGUCAAGGUGUCCAACACGGGCGCCGUCGAGGGCGCGACGGCCGUGCAGAUCUACGCCGGCGCCGCGACGCGUCGGACGACACGCCCAUCAAGGCGCUCGUCAGCUUCAAGAAGGUGA